AUGAUCUACGCGAAGGAUCUACCAUGUUAUCUAUGGGCCGAGGCUGUAUCACAUGCAGCCUACAUCAAAAAUCGAGCGCCCACCAGUGCGCUCGACCAUGCCACCCCUGAAGAGAAGUGGAACCAAUCAAAGCUGAAUAUAUCUCAUUUACGAGAAUUCGGCAGCGUCAUUUGGGUUCUCACAGAGGACAUCGCGCUCUCGAAGCUUGCACCAAGAGCCAAUAAAUACAUAUUUGUUGGCUAUGUAGACGGGCCGAAUGCCAUCAAAUAUUACGAUGCUAAAACGCAUCAAAUAAAAAUGACGCGAAAUUACCACUUCACUAACCGGGAUCCAUCUCCAAAUAACGCGACAUUACAACCGCGUGAGGGAGAAGGACCCGAUGCCCUGCAAUCGAGGACUGCAGAUGUGCAGCGCAAGGGGGAGUCUUCAGAUUCCAGGGGAGACGCGCUACAGUCCUCCGUCAAUAACCCGCUAAAGCGCAGAUGCGAAGAAGACGAGGAUAGAGACGCACCCAAUGAGAACGAGCCCAGGCGUAGCAAGCGUGUAACUGUCAGACCAGAUUAUCGGUUGCUAAAUGAUCCCAACACUGACGCCGAAGAUAAUGCGGACGCAGAUGCUGAGGAUAAUGAUAGCGCAUCAAUCGCCGAUCUCAUAUACGUAGCGAUGAGCGAAGAAAACAUGGAGGCCAAUGAGCCUAAAUCGCUCAAUAAUGCGAAAAACUCAUCUGAAUGGCCGAAGUGGGAGACGGCUGUUCAAGCGGAACUCGAGCAACUAGACAACAUGGGCACUUGGGAGUUAGUAGACUUACCCCAAGGAAGAACUCCGGUAGGCAACAAAUGGGUCCUAGUAAAGAAAACAAAUAGAGAGGGAGAGGUAAUUAAAUUCAAAGCACGUUUGGUCGCUAAAGGCUACUCACAGAUUCUGGGAAUGGACUACACGGAAACAUAUUCCCCAGUUGUCCGUCUCGAGACAAUCCGCGCAAUUCUCGGGCUAGCCGCAAUUCUCGAUUGGGAUAUCCAACAGAUGGACGUCAAGGGCGCGUACCUGAAUGGUAUCCUGAAAGAGGAAAUUUAUAUGCGCCAGCUGGAGGGAUUUAGCGACGGAACACACCGAGUAUGCCGCAUGCGAAAGACCCUCUAUGGACUCAAACAAGCUGGACGCGAAUGGAAUAUAAUACUGUACCGCAAAUUACUCGACACGGGAUUCAGACGACUAUUCGCGGACUCAUGUGCGUACAUCAGGACAAGAAAUGGAAAAACAGAGAUCGUCACUGUAUGGGUGGACGAUUUAUUACUGUUCACAAAUGAUCACAACCUCAUGGACCGCCUGAAAAAGGAACUCCAAAGUAUGUUUGAAGUUACCGAUCUAGGCGAGCCCAAGAAGAUCGUAGGGAUAGAAAUUGAGCGAAACCGAGAAAAGAAAACAAUAAAGGUAUCGCAAAACAAAUAUAUUGACUCUAUUCUACGAAGACACGGACUCGAGAACGCGAACUCGGUAGGGAUGCCUCUCAAUCUGAACGUCACCCUCGAGAAGGACGAGGAUGACGCAAAUGAGGUGCCAAACCGAGACAGCGGAUACGCUUCAUUGAUCGGAUCUCUGAUGUAUGCCGCAGUAGCCACGCGACCGGAUAUCGCGUAUGCUAUCCAAAGAUUGAGCUCGUUCAUGGCUAGGCCAAACCUGACCCACUGGACAGCCGCCAAAUGCAUGCUCCGCUACUUAGCAGGCACACGUGAAGUCGGAAUAAUAUACGGUCCGGCGGAUAAUGAAGGGCACGAUGCAGAUGUGCUCAUCGGGUACACAGAUGCGGAUUUUGCGAAUAAUGUUUGCGAGCGUAAAUCUAUUUCAGAAUACGUUUACAAAAUAGGAAGAAGCACGAUAACGUGA